CGUUUGCCUGGGUUUCUCACGUCACGGGCGCCAUUUUGAUGAUCCGCCUGGCGGUUCGGUUGUUGUUAUAGCUUGUUCCUCCAGCAGCACGCAGCAAACGGUCGUUCUCAUCGAUUUCUUUCGGACGUGUUGCGUAGCUACCAUCAUUCGGAUUUUAUUUGUUGCCACGUUCUUCGUCAUCAUUUUUUCGGUGUCGUAAGAGUGCUUGCCUAAGCUUUCAUAGUGAACUAGUUUCGACACACUGCAGUGGAUCUAAUCUGUUUCAGUGCGCACACGUAAGAAACUGAUGGUGCAAACAGAAGACAACAAGAUACAGACGGAAACAUUUAGCACUUUUCGUUUACGUAUCGGAAUGGCAACCGAUCCUGUGUCGAUUUUAUUAUGGGAAUCGCCGGUGCCGGCGUGAUGGAAAACAACCGUGUGACGAUUCAAGAACUUGUAUCACUCGGAUGUUGAUGCACAUUUCGUCACCUUAAGAAAUAGGGUGGUCACGAAAAAAAAAACAUUUUUCCCCCAGUGCUAAAAAAAUUAUAAAAAAACAAAAACAAAAUGGGCAACGCCCAUUCUGCUCUCCCGCACGAUCCGCUUGAGUCGGCCGUAACACAUCCUAUCGCUCCAGCAGCCAACGAAAUCGACAAGGCUGAGAAAAGCGAGACCAAAGAGAGCGGACGCCACAAGAGGAUGGAGCGAUUGCGGAGAAGCUUCCGCGAGAGUUUCCGCCGCCGCAAAGACCACGUACCCGAGAGUUCUAAACCGCACCAAUGGCAGUCGGACGAGGCCGCCGUUCGAGCUGGAACCUGCAACUUUUACGUCAAGUAUCUGGGAUGCGUGGAAGUUUACGAGUCACGUGGCAUGCCUGUGUGCGAGGAGGCACUUAAAGUUCUAAGGAAUUCUAGGCGCCGACCGGUCAAAGGAGUGCUACACAUUUCCGGCGAUGGAUUACGAGUCGUCGAAGAAGACACCAAAGGCUUGAUUGUCGACCAGACGAUUGAGAAAGUGUCGUUUUGUGCUCCGGAUCGUAAUCACGAGAAAGGCUUUUCAUAUAUCUGCCGUGAUGGAACCACGCGUCGUUGGAUGUGCCACGGUUUCUUGGCCAGCAAGGACUCGGGAGAGCGAUUAAGUCAUGCAGUAGGAUGCGCUUUUGCCGUCUGCCUGGAAAGGAAACAAAAGCGUGACAAGGAAUGCAGUGUCACCAUGAAUUUUGACACGUCUAACUCUACGUUCACUCGCUCGGGCAGUUUUAGAGCUGCGCCCUUAACAGAGCGUAUUCAAGACCCACAAGAAUACAGACCAGCUGAUCCUCCAGCGCCGGCAAAAGCGGUUGUCAACCCGUUUGCCAUCGAACGCCCUCAUGCCGCCCCACACCUGCUAGAGCGGCAAGGUUCAUUUCGUGGGCUUUCGCAGUUGAAUCAAAGUUCACCUUUCAAACGACAGAUGUCACUUCGAAUCGGAGAUUUGCCUUCGACCGUCGAGCGUCAACAAAAUUCAUUGAGCAAUGAAGCACCGAGCUACAAGUCCAACCUGAUCGUCACGCCUGAAAGUCCUCAACCUCCCCCCCGAGUUAGUCGUCACCGUAUGCAGCCAUCUCCUAGCCAAGACUCAUCUAUGACACCUAUUCCGGAAACUUCGCCCAUGGUGGAACGUUCCAACGCAGUCAGCGCUAUGUGCCAGCAGUUGUCUCAAGGACUGUCUCUUUUAUCCUCUACGGACGAUCCGUUUCUCGCGGACAACAAAGCCAACGUGAUCCCACCAACUAAUGGAUUUCAAGUGAACAACAAGGACGUGCCAGUGAACAAUUCAAUGUCACGAGGCGAACAAUGGCUGGGCAGCUUAACGGCGAGCGUGACAUCUCAGGGACCGAGCUCACUACCGCCUCGCCGUCCGCCUGCCUUGGUAGCACAUUCGCGAUCCCAGUCAUUGGGAUCGCCACCUGAAACCCCUUCCAUUAACUCGGUUAGUCAACCAGCGGCCGCCGCUCCACCGCAGCUGCCCGCAAUACCACCGCGCAGUCCUUUCCACACAGCGCUUCAUUCCUCCUCUACUUCGCCGGCCAGUUCACCUGCAAAUCAUUCCCCUACCGUCGCUAAUCGAACAAGCGCUUCAAUGUCGGAUCCGUUCGAUGCCGAAUGGGCCGCUUUAGCCACGCGUAGUCCCAGCAACACGAACCCCUUUUUGCAGAAUUCCGUCGUUAAAACAUUCGAAGUUCGUAUGUAGACAGGGUGAUAUUUCUUUUCUUUAGUUCUCCCCAGCCAACCCUGCAGGGUUUUUUUUUAAUGAUUUGUUUGACGUGUUUAUGUUUUUUUUUCUGCCUUUAACACACACACACACACAAACAAAUAACAAAAAAACAAAAACAAAACAACAACAAACAAAACGAAAACAUUCCUUUAUACUUCUUGAACCCGCAAAGCUAUGUUUUGCCAACAACAUUUUCAACCUUUGAUUAUGUCUUGUAUUAUUUGAUUUCAUCUUUCCUCUUCAUUUUAGUAUUCUUUAUGGUAAUAUUAUGUUUUUGCUGGUGGACGGUGCCAAGAGCUCUCUCCUCAAGCGCGAGUGUGCUAGUUCCGUUUUAGAUUUGCGAUGCCCCCUCACUGUGUCACGCAUGUGAGUAUUGAGGAAUAACUAAUCAACUCCAUCCCUUUUGAACCCAUCUGUUGACCAUUCGCGUAGACUUCGCUUGGUUAAAAUCAGAAAAAUUGAAUAAGGAGAAGGCAAAGUAAUUGGUUGGGGAUUUCUAAGUUUUAUUUCCAGAAACCUUUCGCACAGACAAUUGCCCUCAUAAACAACGGACAGUAACGAUUUGAUCUAGAAAUCACAUGCUUUAUUUUCAUUGAAGUGGGGACUCUUGCACAAUUUGUAUAUCUCUUUAUCUUUACCUUAGCGAAAACAAAAAAGAAAAAGAAAUUAUUAUAAGCCAUGUGGUAUAUGUGUUUCAAUGUAUAUAAUGUCGAGGACAACCCAAUCGUACGCGGGGAGGGUUAAUUUGAACGAAAUUGGGACAUACAAUGUGGUGCCGGAUAGCAUAUGAUAAGUGAUAGAUGAUUCACACGCUCAGUGAAUGUUUCGUGGAAACAUACAAGAGUUGGCGUUGAGUGAAGGGUGAGGGUACAUCGGACACUUCUAAAUUAUAUGCACCAUUCGCUGUUCGCAGGCCAUUUGUCUGGCCAUUAGUUGAAUUGAUUAUUGUUUAUGCCUUCCUAUCUCCCAUUAUUGCCCUUUUUGCUAAAGAUUUCGGUCAGUUGCCUUUACGCAGGACAAUGUCUCCAACACCUUGACAUGUAUCCAACCAAGGGUGAAGGCAAGACACUACCGAUUUCUGUCCUUUUCUUUCCAUCUUUGUUUUUUAAUUUGAAUUUUUACUUACUUGCCAUGUAAUCUUUUGGGACAUGUCUAUAAAAAAAAACUUUAAUCACAUUUUGCGUAAACAAAAACCCACAGAAAAAUUACUAAAUCCCAAAACUUCGAUGGAUUUUCUUCGUAUGUUGUAACGACAAUACAUUCUCCUCGUUCUCA